AUGAAUUUGGAGGUGGCCAAACCCGAAGGAAAGACUGGCAACAAAGCUCCCCUCAGAGCCACGGCCCCCGGCUCCCCACGCAAGUCUGCACCCAAGUUCAAACAGAGGAACACGCGGCAGUUCAAGAGCAAGCCUCCCAAAAGAGGAGUGAUUGGCUUUGGAGAGGAGAUCCCAGGAAUGGAAGGUCUUGGAACUGACAUCACUGUAAUCUGCCCGUGGGAGGCACACAGCCAUCUAGAGCUACAUGAGCUUGCCCAGUAUGGCAUCAUCUGA